AGCCAGGAACUCCCGCCCAAAAAAACAUACGACGUUCUGUGGGCUUUACGCAUUUCAAAAUAAAGCGUAAUUUUGAAGCGUUUGUAUUUAUUAUUAUUAUUACUAUUGUUAUUUUUUUGUAUCACCUGUCACGUUGUGCUAAGAUUGAUUCUCUAAUAUUGUCUUUAUAAAUUUAUAAUAGUAGCUUAAAAAGAGACUGAUUAUGUUUAAAUCUUUAAAUUAUUUUUAAUUUUCAAAAUCAUUUGCUGGGUAUUAUUAAUUUUUUCUUUUAAUCGAGCUUUUAUACCUGCUAGUUAACUAUAUCAAAUUCUAAUAAUGUUAUCAUAGCUCAAUACUGACAUUAAAACCCACGGUUUCAGAACAGAAACACAUUUUCCAUGUAAACGUUUGUCGGGGCUCUUAAUUUGCAACCGAAGACGGAGGCUUUCUUCGUAGAGAAACAUGUAUUUUGUGCUCAAUGGCUGCUCCGAACAGUAAUUCAGUUCAGUUACAAACUGCAAUGACUUCGUAGAAGUCAAUCCGACAAAAACAUUGGACUCUCUGCGUAUUAUGUUUAAGAAGAUGGCUGAAUUUGGCCCAGAUUCGGGGGGUCGGGUGAAGGGAGUGACUAUCGUGAAACCUAUCGUGUUUGGAAACGUUGCACGAUAUUUUGGCAAGAAAAGAGAAGACGAUGGUCACACUCAUCAGUGGACAGUUUAUGUGAAGCCUUACAGAAAUGAGGAUAUGUCUGCUUAUGUCAAAAAAAUACAAUUCAAACUGCAUGAAAGUUACGGGAACCCUUUAAGAGUGGUUACGAAGCCUCCGUAUGAGAUUACCGAGACUGGAUGGGGAGAGUUUGAGAUCAUCAUAAAGAUCUUCUUCAUUGAUCCAAAUGAGAGACCGGUCACGCUGUAUCAUCUUUUGAAGCUCUUCCAGUCAGACUCCAGCGCAAUGCCGAAGAAGACCGUUGUGUCUGAGUUCUACGACGAGAUGAUAUUUCAAGACCCUACAGCCAUGAUGCAACAGCUCCUGAACACCACCAGACAGCUGACGUUAGGUGCCUACAAACACGAGACCGAGUUUGCAGAGCUGGAGUUAAGGACACGAGAAAAAGUGGAAGCUGCAAAGAAGACGACGAGCCUGGAGAUCACAGAGCUGAAGGAGCGACUGAAAGCCUCCAGAGAAAACAUCAACUUCCUGAAGGGAGAGAUCCGCAGACUGGAGGAGGAGGACCAGAUGAAGGACCACUGAGGACUUCAGCAUCAUCAGACGGAUGUCCUGUAGUGGGAUGGUGAACACAAGCAUGCGUGAUUUAGUGGGAAUGAUCAGUUAACAAUUCUGGUUUUAAUUUUGACAGUAAAGUCAAGUAUAGUAGUGAACAACUGUCAAAAUGUGUGCAAAUAUGUGUAUCUUUUGAACCCUUUGUAGUUCUCACUGACUUGUUUUGUAUCAAUAAAACUUUUUUUUUUUGUAA